AUGGCGAUUGCACAUGACGACACAAGGCGGUCUGCAUCAUUUCAACCUCGCCGCCGCUCUGCGCUGACAACAUCUCUGGCUAAUAUGAGGGAAUCCGGGUACGACCCGACAGAGCCAGGAUCGAUUGCCACAAUUGGUCUUUAUCCUCUUCGCACUGGUACCUCAGAAUCUCAAACUAACUUGUUGCUCACAGAUUCUAGAAUGAAGUAUUCGGACAUCUGUGACUCACUUAAGUCAUCGGGUACAGAGCUCUCCGAUCAGGCUGCUCGAUACUCUCCAUCGCAGAACAAACAACUGACUCUAUCUGAAGCCUCAACUGGCGAGCCAAAAAGCUCUGACAAGGCCGCAAAGGGUACUUUCCUUACCAGUUUAGAAACAGUGACGGCACCGUCUCUAACAGAAGCCGUGCUGACUCGACCCGAUUUGGUUACCACUUCGGUGCCUGAUGAUCCAAUAUUAACAGGAGAGGUUUUAAUUCCACCAAGAUACGCAAAGAAGACAGACUUCUCUCCGCCGUUUACAAUGAUGCCGCGUGGACCAAUUCGAAAAAUGGUAAUAGAUCGCAAUAGAACAAAAUCCUUGCUUGAUAGAGGUCUGCUAGCCUCUCAUGAAGGGCUCACCGAAGAAGACAGACGUCUCAUCGCGGGUCCAGACAUAGAGAGAUGUCUGAUGAGUCCUCGUGCUUCUGAGUUUAUUACGUACGCAUACAAACGAGUAUGUAAUCCGCUUGAACAUAUCAAUGAUGACAUCCCCUCUUCUAAGCGGUUGACCACUACGCGGGAGGGUCACAGAGGCAUCAGCUCCACAAGCAAUCAUGGUUCCCACCUUUAUCAAGAUGUAUGCGGGCUAUACAGCACCUAUCCACACCACGCUGUCCCCAAACAGAGUAUUAGGCCUCCCGCCAAUUUAAUGAAAGCUCUCUGGAACCAGCCACUAACCCCACGAACGAGAGACAGAGAAUAUAUAAGAAUGGCAACGCUGCAGCCUCCUGAAACUCACUACAAGCAUCUCUACAAACAUGAGAGGUCUCCCUCAGGGCUCACCUUCGAAGAGAUGCUGAAGUAUGUACCACAGAAUGAAAUAGAGUAUAACAUUUUUAAUGUGUACCGUUGGCGUCCUACGUGGCACGACCUUAAGGGAUGGGGCGACCCACACCCAUUGCCAUCAAUUGCAGACUUGUCGAUUGAAAAUAUUGCCUCUAUAGAGCCGCAAGCUACACGACAUACUGUAGAUAUAAAUACAAUGAAAACCUCUGCUGAGUAA